AUGGACAGCCGGGAAUUCCGUCGGCGCGGCACGGAAAUGGUCGAGUACAUCUGCAAUUAUUUAGAAACGCUAGAGCAGCGUCGAGUGACACCCAGCGUGGAACCGGGCUACCUGCGGCACCUGCUGCCCGACGAGGCACCCGAGAAUCCGGAACCGUGGGAAAAAAUCAUGCAGGACGUCGAAAGUAAAAUCAUGCCCGGCGUCACACACUGGCAGCAUCCGCGGUUUCACGCGUACUUUCCGUCGGGCAAUUCGUUUCCCUCCAUCCUCGGUGAUAUGCUGAGCGACGGCAUCGGGUGUAUUGGCUUCUCCUGGGCGGCCAGUCCCGCCUGUACCGAGCUGGAGACGAUCGUGCUAGAUUGGCUGGGCAAGGCGAUUGGCCUUCCGGAUCAGUUUCUAGCACUAAAACCGGGCAGCAUGGGUGGCGGCGUAAUUCAGACCUCGGCAUCGGAAUGCGUGCUGGUGACCCUACUAGCAGCCCGGGCACAGGCCAUUAAGUAUCUCAAGCAGCAGCAUCCCUUCGUCGAGGAAGGCCAUCUACUGUCCAAGCUCAUGGCCUACUGCUCGAAGGAGGCGCACAGCUGUGUGGAGAAAGCUGCCAUGAUCAGCUUCGUUAAGCUGCGGAUUCUGGAACCGGACGAACGGUGUUCGCUGAGGGCAGAUACGCUGAUCAAGGCCAUGGAAGAGGACGAACAGCAAGGGCUGAUUCCGUUUUUUGUUUCGACAACACUGGGAACCACGGGAUCAUGUGCGUUCGAUAAUAUUGCCGAAAUUGGGGAAGCACUGCAGCGGUUUCCCAGUGUUUGGCUGCAUGUCGACGCGGCCUAUGCUGGCAAUGCCUUCAUCUGUCCAGAAUUGAAAUAUUUGCUAAAGGGAAUCGACUAUGCCGACUCAUUCAAUACCAAUCCCAACAAGUGGCUGUUGACUAAUUUCGACUGCUCGACUUUGUGGGUUCGUGACAAAAUUCGGCUAACUUCUGCCCUGGUGGUUGACCCACUGUACUUAAAGCAUGGAUAUUCGGAUUCCGCCAUAGAUUACCGUCACUGGGGUGUUCCUUUGAGCCGACGGUUCCGCUCGCUAAAACUGUGGUUUGUACUUCGAAGCUACGGUAUAGCAGGAUUGCAAAACUAUAUACGACAUCACAUUGAUUUGGCCAAACGAUUCGAAAAACUUGUACUUAAGGAUAGCCGCUUCGAGGUGUGCAACGAGGUUAAAUUGGGAUUGGUUUGCUUUCGACUUAAGGGAUCGGAUCGACUGAACGAAAAGCUGCUCAGCAGUAUUAAUGCUUCCGGAAAAAUUCAUAUGGUUCCGGCUUCGGUCAACGAGCGAUAUGUGAUUAGAUUUUGCGCCGUGGCUCAGAACGCAACCGUUGAAGAUAUUGAUUACGCUUGGGAUGUUAUUACCGACUUUGCUGCUGAAAUUCUUGAGAAGGAACAGGCGGAUGAAGUGACCGAGAUCGUUGACAGGCGCAAAACUCAUACUUUGGCUCAGAAACGAUCGUUCUUCGUUCGCAUGGUUAGCGAUCCGAAGAUUUACAAUCCAGCUAUUAACAAGGCUCAAACUCCACGAAUGUCCAAUGAACUUACAUCACCUUCUACGGAUGGUACGAUUGUAACUGUGAAUUCUCCAAAAACUCCAGGAUCGGCUUCUUGGAUCAGCUGGCCUUUGGCUUUCUUAUUUGCAAAUUCCGAGGAUGGACCGAAGAAUGAUAUGCCACUGAGAUUUCGCCACUUGGACACAAUGGUAAGGUUAUCCGCUUCCCGUAGGAAUUCUUCUACUGGUGGAGGAUCUUCGCCCUCGCCAGAAGGUGAAAAUGGUGUUAUUUUAGUUAAAUCUCCUAAACGCUCACCAAUAAUGGUUAGAAGGCGUGGUACUUCGCCGGCUCCUGGGACGGGUAAUGGCGCUUCCUCCAAUUAA